UCGCCAUUAAACUCGAGGAAGAAGAACUUCCGGAACAAACAAGGACUUCUGUUUCUAUAAGUGUCCUUUUAAAUGCUGCUGUUGGGUUUUAUGUCGUCGCAGCUUUAAGCGCUUCGAAAAAAAUUGAUUCUGUUCGAUGGCUGCGUCUGCUCACGUCUCCAGAAUCCGCUCCCUGUACAAGAGGAUCCUGGUCCUACACCGCUUCCUGCCCAUCCACCUGAGGGCCCUCGGUGAUCAAUAUGUGAAGGAAGAGUUCAGGAGACACAAGAGUGCAGCUCCUGAGGAGGUGAAGAGCUUCCUGUCAGAGUGGGAGAACUACAAAGACACCAUGCAGGCCCAGGUCAUGGAGUCAGCAGGAAGGCAGAGUGGCGGUUUGAUGUUUGGGGCUGACCUGCCCGAAGAGAAGCUGAGUCAUUUACAGGAUGAACAGAUCGGUCAGCUGUACGAACUCAUGCUGGAAUCCACCAAACCCAACAAACAGUUUGACCUUCAUGAGGACAGCAGGUGAAGAAGAAGGCCACUGAGAUUUUAAUUGUGAUAAGUUCAUAAAGCUAGUGUAUUAACUUUGGGUGUCUGACAUGAAGACUGGAGGCUUUGAAGCAUAUGUGAUUAUGCUCAAGUGCUGAUUCAUAAUUCUGUUUCUUUGCUCAGCCCAUUUACUGUCACAAUAAAAAGGUUUAUCAUGCUA